AUGAACUUUUUACCAAAUAAAGUUGAAGACAGACAUUUGGACGAAUUCAUUGCCAUCUGUGAUGGAUUCAUCCAUGAGGUGAAGCCAGAAAUCAUCAGACCAUAUGUGUCUAAAGAAUUUGCCGAUUCAAAGCUCGAAGAAUACACCCAAGUUGUUUCGAGACCUUCUAAAAUCCCAGCUUUCAGAGAAGUUUUAAAAGAGACUGUCGUCUCUAACACUUCCGAUUCAAUCCGUCUCUUUUGCUUUUUGACUACAGUAUUAGGACUGAGAACAUUAUCGCCUGCUCUCACAGGAACAACUAAGCUUUUGCGGGAAAUGGAUGACGAUGAGAAGGCUAGGAUUCUUCUUUCGUGGAGGAAUUCUCCGUUCGAGACAAAGAAUAAGAUCUUUAGUCUUAUUUUGACUCUUACUGUUACAACAUUCCAACGAAUAAUGCCUGAUCUUCAUGCUGAGGCAAUGCGGUUCCCUAAAACAGAUGCGAGAGAGUCAUUGCACGAGGAUUAUAAAAGGGAUGACUUUGAGUACACAAUGAUGAGCCCACCAGUUGAAGAAAAUGUGGAGUUGUACGUACCACACAUUGACGCUCUUAUUAUUGGUUCGGGUUCUGGAGCAGGCGUUGUAGCCCAUACAUUAGCGAAAAGUGGCAUCAAGUGUCUUGUUCUUGAAAAAGGGAAAUAUUACAAGAACCAGGAGUUUGUUUUUGACGACAAGAGCGGAUUUAAAGCAUUGUACGAAGGUGGAGGAAAUAUAGCGACCACCAACGCACAAACUCUUCUCUUGGCUGGUGCAACUUUUGGUGGAGGUUCCACUAUCAAUUGGUCAGCUUGUAUCAAAACACCUUUCAAGGUUCGGAAGGAAUGGUACGACAACCAUGGAGUCGAGUGGGUUGCCAACGAGUCAUAUGACACUGACAUGGAUUACGUCUUCCAGCAAAUGGGAGCAUCUACGGAAUGUAUCACUCAUUCGCACACUAACAAGGUUCUUUUGGAAGGAGCCUCCAAAUUAGGGUAUCCUGCUAGACCCAUACAUCAGAAUAACGGGCGGCAUACCAACCACUCAUGCGGCUUGUGCCACUUAGGAUGUAAAUGGGGAAUCAAACAAGGCUCUGCAAAUCACUGGUUUAGGGACGCAGCCAGCAACGGUACAGAAUUCAUGGACCAGGUUUUAGUGCAGAGGAUAUUGCGUAAUAAGAGGGGACUAGCAGUGGGGGUUGAGUGUACCAAUCUAAGAAACGGAAAAAUCUUCACAAUCAGAGGGCCAAAAAAAUAUGUGGUGUCUUCUGGAUCACUCCAGACGCCUGUUCUUCUCCAAAAGUCAGGUUUCCGCAACCGGAAUAUCGGUAAGCAUUUAAAGUUGCACCCAAUUUCGGCAAUUUUUGGAGUCUGGGACGAUGAUACGGAGCCUUAUAACCAUUCGAUCAUGACAUCAAUCUGUUCCCAGACUGCCGACUUGGAUGGAAAGGCCCAUGGAGCAAGAAUCGAGACACUCUUACACACUCCUAUGUUAGAGUCAGCCUUCUUCCCAUGGUCCUCAUCAGACCAGUUGCGGCAAGAUAUGUUGAAGUACCAGAAAACCGGCGCCUUUAUCUUGUUGGCGCGAGACACGCUGUCAGGUACAGUGUCAUAUGACGCUAGUAAGGAUGAUGCUUUACUUGUGGACUAUACCAUAAACAAGUUUGACCGGUAUUCAAUACAACAGGCCAUGUUAGCGGCGGCCGAUAUUAUUUACGUUGAAGGUGGUAAGGAAAUCAUCCAUCCAUACUGGAAAGUACGUCGUUUCACAAGCAGCAAGCCAAAGGAAGAGCGUGCAAUCACAGAUAAGGAUUAUCAGGAAUGGCGGAAACAUUGUGAGAAUAUUCCAUUGUCCGCAUUUGGUCUCAGUUAUGGUUCAGCUCACCAGAUGAGUACUUGCCGCAUGAGUGGGAAAGGACCAGCAGAUGGAGCUUGCGACACCACUGGCCGACUUUACGAGUGUGAAAACGUUUUUGUGGCUGAUUCUAGUCUCCUACCAACCGCUUCAGGUGCCAACCCAAUGAUCACAACAAUGGCUUUUGCCCGCCACACGGCGUUGGAAAUUGCCAAGACACACCGCACAGUACGGUUGUAA